UAAGGCUAAAAGCGAAAUUGAAUUACAUCUAUUAGUAGCAAUUAGCACAUACUAUCAACAAGUUUUUGGAACAAAGACUGAAUACUCUGAUUUAGCUAUUAUGGGGUUUGAAAAUGAGAUUGUCAAUAAACAAUUAAUUGCUGAUAUAGUAUUCUUUCUAAUAUUCUUUUACAUUGAUAAGCUUAACAGAGUAGUAUCAAGUAUUGGUAAUCUAUAUAAAGAUAGAUUUUAUAGUAUUGGUACUAGAUUUGUUUCUUCAUUUAUAGCAUGUUAUCAUGGAGAAUAG